GUUAAUUCAUCAGUGGUAUUGAGCCUCCAGCAGCGAUUGCACAGCGGUUCUAACUCGGUCCCACAAUCUCUUUUUUUUAUAUUUAUUUUUUUGCGUGACUUACAAGUUCUAAGGAUGCGUCGCACUGUGAUCCUUGUGUUCGUGUGUUGCCUGCUGAUCGCCGUGGCUUCGGCCGGCUUGCUGGGCGGUGGAGGCGGUGGUGGUGGCUACGGCGGCGGUGGUGGCGGUGGUCAGGGUGGCUACGGCGGUGGUGGCGGAGGAGGCGGUGGUCAAGGCGGCUGGCAGAAGAACGGAGGAGGCGGCGGUGGCCAUGGAGGUGGUGGUCAUGGAGGUGGCGGCCAGGGAGGCUACGGCGGCGGUAGCCAAGGUGGACAUGGAGGCGGUGGCCAAGGAGGCUGGCAGAAGAACGGAGGAGGCGGCCAUGGAGGCGGUGGACAAGGAGGCUACGGAGGUGGCAAUCAAGGUGGCCACGGAGGACAAGGAGGCUAUGGCGGCGGACAAGGAGGCGGUGGCCAUGCCAGCAAGUCCUUGGCCGGCAAUCGCGGCAGUUCCGUGUCCUGGCAGGGCGGAAAUGGAGGCAACAAGCACGGAGGCGGCGGCGGAGGAGGUGGUGGUGGUGGCCUGUACGGCGGUGGAGGUGGCAAACAGCACGGCGGUGGCUGGUAAAGAAACCACCAGGAGCAGCUUAUCCACCGGCUGAUGCUUACUUGUGUUCCAUGGCAUUGAGAUAGAGACAAUCCCUCGAAACUUCUCUUUUUUCUCCUAUCUAAAGCCCCAAUUUUCCUGCUUUUACUGUUUUUUUAUACUAAUAAAUCUUGUUUAUGCAUUUUGUAA